AUGAGCUCUGUUUCUCCUUCAUUUUUCGAGGUCGUGAACUAUACACCUCCAGACGCUAUCUUCGAGCUCACCAAAACAUACAAUGCAGAUUCAACUGCGCGCAAAGUGAAUCUUGGACAAGGAACAUACAAAGAUGAAAAUGGCAACCCUUGGAUAUUGCCCGCAGUGCGAUCGGCAAAAGAGAAAAUCAAGGAUUUCAAUCAUGAAUAUCUCCCGAUCCUAGGUCUCCCGUUAUUUCGGGAACUGGCUACUGGUUUGGUCUUUGGCAAGCAUUCUGCUGCAGUUCAGGAAGGCCGAAUCGCAUCCUGUCAAGCUCUGUCCGGUACAGGCGCACUUCACAUCGCCGGAACAAUACUUAAGCAGGCGCUAGGUCGCGAUACAACCGUGUAUAUAACCAACCCUAGCUGGUCAAAUCACCGCCAAGUCUUUGAAUCAAUUGGUCUCGCGGUCCGCGAGUUCAAUUAUUCGACUAGUGCCGGCGUCAACAUGCAAUCAUUGAUCCAGACACUGAACGAGGCAGCCCCAAAGUCCGUCUUUGUGUUUCAUGCGAGUGCCCAUAAUCCAAGCGGCUGGGACUGCAGUCCAGAUCAAUGGAAAUAUAUCGGUGCUAUUGUGAAGGAGCGACAGCUAUUCCCUCUUUUUGACGCCGCGUACUUGGGAUUGACCUCGGGCGACUACGAUCGCGAUGCAUUUGCCAUCCGAUACUUUGCUGAUGAGCUUGGCCUUGAGAUCGCUGUGUGUCUUUCUUUUGCCAAAAGCAUGGGUCUUUACGGCGAGCGUGUCGGACUAUGUGCCUUUUCAUCGAAUACUCCCACUAUUGCAGCUGCCGUCGAGUCAAGUUUGGCACGAUUGAUUCGUGUUGAGAUCUCUAACCCCCCUGCGUUCGGCGCGCGCAUCGUAGCUGCGGUUCUGGAGGACGAGGAGGUUUAUGCGCAGUGGCGGAACGAUCUCCUCACGAUGAGUUCGCGAAUCGCGGAAAUGCGAUGGCAAUUAUAUCAAGGGCUGAUUGAACUUGGUACUUUUCCCCCUUUGGUUUCAGGAUUUCAUAUGGAAUUGUCUCUGAUUUUUUUUGUAGGCACACCUGGAGACUGGAAGCGCAUCACCGAGCAAAAGGGGAUGUUCUGCAUUCUCGGUCUCACACCGGAUCAAGUACUUCAUUUACAAAAGGAAUACCAUAUCUAUAUGGCCGAGAGCUCGAGGGUAUCUAUUGCGGGACUUAACGGGUCAAACGUUCGGUAUGUCGCGGAAAGCAUAAAUCGGACAUUGAAGUGA